AUGGAAUUAGAAAUAAAAUAUAUAUGUUUACAAGAAGAAUUCUUAUCAAUUGCUCAAUACUACAUUAAUGAAAACAUAUUAAAUAUACUUAAAAAAUAUUAUGCAAAAUAUAUAAAUUCAAAUCGUAAAUUAAGUCAGAUAAAUGAUUUAAAAACAUUAUUGAAAGUAUUAGAAAAGCGUGAUUGUCUUAAUUAUUAUAAUAUAGAACCACUUAUAUAUAUUUCAAAUAAUUUUUUAAAUGAUUUUCAAAUACAAUGUAAAGUAAGAGAUUAUAAAAUUUAUGUUCAAAGCAUACAAUAUUGUUUAUCCUUUAAUAUAUAUCAAGAAUCAAAAGAAAAUAAAGAUGACAAUAAAUUAUCAAAUAUAAGUAAAAAUAGUACAUCACAAAUAAAAGUCUCUAAUGAGUUUGAAAAUCAAUCGACAUUAGAAUACAAAAAUGUCAAAAGUAAUCUUUUCACACAAAAAAUGGAAUUACAACAAACGGAGUUACAACAAACAUUAUUAUCACAUUUAAGUAAAAGAAUUGGUCGUUCUUGGAGAGAUACUGUGAGAUAUUUAAAUAUACCUGAAUAUCAAAUUGAUGCAAUUCAGAACAAACAUCCUUUUGAUUUAAAAGAACAAAGUUAUGAAGCUUUGAAAUUAUAUAUAACCCAAUAUAGUGACAAUAAUUGGAAAAUAAAUUUAAUACAUGCUUUAGAAAAAGCAAGACGUAAGGAUCUUAAGGAACUUUCUGAGAAAUUAAUAUUAGAAUCAAAUAGUUAAUAAUUUAAAGGAAAUUAAAAAUAAAAAAUAAUAAAAAAUAAAUAUUAAUUUUUUUAAUAUAUUUGUAAGAAAAACUUAAAUAUAAUCAUUUUCCAAAUAAUUAUGAAAACAUUAAAUAUUAUUAUGCUAUCUUAAAGUGAGAUAGGUUGCUGUAUUUUGUUAUUGAUUGAAAUGAUUUAAAACUGAUAAACCUAAUUUAUAGGUUUCUUAAAAAAACAUUAUUUAGCAGUCUUUAUGAUUUAUAAGGAAUGAAAACAAUAUAUAUAAAAAAAUUGCUUGAUUAAAUAUCAUAAUAGAAAUUGCAAUUGAUAUAUUUUAGCUAUAUUUUAGAAAAUACAGCAGCCUAAUGUGUAUACUUUAUAAU